GAAUAACGUAGCCCGUAGGCCCACUGUGCCCAAAACACAAAUACGAAUUUGUUUGGACAAUUUGCAGCGGGCUAUGUAAACCGUGUGCUACGUGAUCGGAAACUGGUGACGUAUUGACUUUGUAAUGGUUGACGAAGCUACAAAGAAAACUCUUGCUGCGAUUCCACUUCUCAAAACAAGGGCUGGUCCUCUAGAUGGAGACAUGUGGAUACAAAGGCUGAAGGAGGAGUACCAAGCCCUAAUAAAAUACGUGGAAAAUAACAAAGCGGCAGACAACGAUUGGUUUCGUAUUGAAUCAAAUCAACUUGGGACUCGUUGGUAUGGAAAAUGUUGGUAUAUACAAGAUAUGAAGAAGUAUGAGUUCGAUUUGAACUUCGAUAUACCUGUUUCAUAUCCCAGUACUAACCCAGAACUUGCAUUGCCUGAGCUUGAUGGAAAAACAGCGAAAAUGUAUAGGGGCGGAAAAAUAUGCCUUACGGACCAUUUCAAACCUCUAUGGAGUAGGAACGUUCCUAGAUUCGGGAUCGCACAUGCAAUAGCACUUGGUUUGGGUCCUUGGUUGGCCGUAGAAAUUCCUGAUUUGAUAUCAAAAGGAAUUGUUAAACACAGAGAUGAUCAGUAAUAUAUGUAUUUCCAUACUUAAUUUGAUGUACUGAUAUUUUUUUUUUAAUUGUGGCACAAAUUGGCUUUUGUAAUAAUUUAUAUGAACUCAGUUUUAGAGAUUGAUAGCUCAUAAUUCACCUCUAGCUUUCAAAAGAUUGCCUUCAUC